GUGUCCAAAGGUUAUAAUGAUAAUUGACGACUUCAUGCAAAACGAAACAGUUUGAUCCGUUAAUAACAGAAAAUCAUUGGAAAAAAGAAAAAAAAAAAAGACACAGAAGAAAUGCAGCUCUUCUCCUCCUCCUCUGCUUCUUCAUCUUCCACUUCCUCCAGAGCGAGUUUCAGUCCCUUCACUUCUCCUCAAGACACUAACCAAAAGUACAUUAAGUACCGCUCAAAAUUCUCUUUCAAAAUCCCCACCAAGAACCUUCCAAUCCCAUCUUCCUCCAAGCAAUCAUCUCCGGUUCUCGACCAAAGACCACUCUUCUCCGAAUCCGAAUCAACACCAAGAAACAGAGCAACAGAACGCAGUAUCAAGUCAGAGAAAGACUCCUUCGAGGGACUUCUUGUGGCUCGCCGGCCGGUGGUUGAGAUUUCUGGUUCAGAAGACUCCACUCAGGGUAGUGAUAAUAAUGUUGAUGAUAGUAAAAAGAAAUCUUCAGCGAUCAUUGAUGCUGGUCUUGAAGAAUUUGCCAAGAAGAUGCCAAUUUUUGAACCGGAGAGGGUGGAGGCAGCUGGUUCUUCUCAAGGCAAGCCUCUCACGGUGAAUUUGGAUUUGGCAUUGUACAAGGCCAAGGUUUUAGCUAGGAAUUACAGAUAUGCAGAAGCUCAGGAAAUACUAGAAAAGUGCAUCUCUUACUGGCCGGAAGAUGGGAGGCCAUAUGUAGCAUUAGGGAAGAUACUGAACAAGCAGUCAAAAACAGCAGAAGCUAGAGCUGUGUACGAGAAGGGCUGUCAGGCAACUCAUGGAGAAAAUGCCUACAUUUGGCAGGAAUUUCAAUUCGGAGCUGAAUGCAUGGAGUGCUGGGCUGUUUUGGAAAAUAAGAUGGGUAAUAUAAGGAGAGCAAGAGAACUGUUUGAUGCAGCCACAGUUGCUGACAAAAGACAUACAGCUGCUUGGCAUGGUUGGGCAGUUCUAGAGCUAAAACAGGGAAAUGUCAAGAAGGCAAGACAAUUACUUGCUAAAGGCCUCAAGUUUUCUGGUGGAAAUGAAUACAUAUACCAAACACUAGCAUUGUUGGAAGCUAAAGCAAAUCGAUAUGAGCAAGCUCGUUACUUGUUCAGGCAAGCCACUAAGUGUAACCCAAGAAGCUGUGCCAGUUGGCUUGCAUGGGCACAAUUGGAGAUGCGACAAGAAAACAACCUUGCUGCUAGGCAACUAUUUGAGAAAGCAGUGCAGGCUAGCCCCAAGAAUAGAUUUGCAUGGCACGUAUGGGGAGUUUUUGAAUAUAAUAUGGGCAAUAUUGAAGUGGCAAGAAAACUUUUGAAGAUAGGCCAUUCACUUAAUCCUAGGGAUCCUGUUUUGCUUCAGUCUCUUGCUUUACUGGAAUAUAAACACUCUACGGCAAACCUUGCCCGAGUGUUGUUCAGGAAAGCAAGUGAAUUGGAUCCACGGCAUCAACCAGUAUGGAUUGCCUGGGGAUGGAUGGAAUGGAAAGAAGGAAAUAUAUCCACUGCUAGAGAGUUAUACCAGAGAGCUCUUUCAAUCGACUCAACUAGUGAAAGUGCUGCUAGAUGUCUACAGGCUUGGGGUGUUCUAGAGCAGAGAGCUGGUAACCUGUCAUUAGCUCGUAGACUAUUUAGAUCAUCAUUGAACAUAAAUUCUCAAAGUUACAUAACAUGGAUGACCUGGGCUCAAUUUGAGGAGGAUCAAGGAAAUUCUGUGCGUGCUGAGGAGAUUCGUAACCUUUAUUUUCAGCAGCGGACUGAAGUUGUGGAUGAUGCUUCAUGGGUUAUGGGGUUUCUAGACAUCAUUGAUCCGGCAAUCGACAGCGUAAAGAAACUGCUGAACUUGGAUCCGAACCGAUACAGUAAGACACAAGAAUCUUUGAGAAAUAUAUCAGGAGAAAGAGAAAGUAGUAGUGAUGGUCCUUCUAGUGAUAAUGAUGCCGAUGGUAUAAAAAAUGGAACUGGCUUUGAUUUGAAUUCUUUUAUUAAAGUAAGGUUGUCUCUAGAUCCAACUAAGCUGGAUAUUAAACUAGAAACAUCUGGGCCUCCAGCACCAUGGAGAGCUUCCCAAAGAAGAUUAUGGAGAUCAAAGAAAAGAACUACCGCAGAAGUGUGAGAAUCUGGGAUUUGACCAGUUAAAGAAUGGCUGCUGUGGAAUGGCCAAGUUAAUUUUUCUGAAGAAAUUGUCUGUACUCAUUGACAUCAACAAUUGUUAUAUCAGGAUGUGCACAGAAUCUGUAAAGUUUUAUUAUCAGAAAAUUGUAUUUCUUUAUCAACAAUUAACUCAUUUACAGUGUAGCCUCUAUUAUUACCUGUUAUAGUUGCAAUACUUCCAGAUUUUUUUUUUUU